UACACCCCACCACACCUCACUCCUCCCCACCCCACCCCAACUCUUACUGCAUACAUACACUACAGUUCAAAAAAGAGAGGUGAGGUGGCAAUUGGCAUCUCUUCUCUGUUCUCGCUCUGCCUGUCCCUCUGUUCCCUCUACUUCUCCGGCGAACAUAUGGCGAAUCCGUCGGAUCUGAGGACUGUGUUUCUUGGGGUGUAUUCCGUGCUCAAAUCGGACCUCUUGAAUGACCCCGCUUUUGAAUGGACUGAUGCUUCUCGCCAAUGGGUCGAGCGGAUGCUGGACUACAAUGUGCCUGGAGGAAAGUUAAACCGAGGCCUUUCAGUUGUUGAUAGCUAUAAAUUACUAAAAGAAGGUGAAGACUUAACUGAAGAUGAGGUGUUCCUUGCUAGUGCAUUGGGCUGGUGUAUAGAAUGGCUUCAGGCAUAUUUUCUUGUUCUUGAUGAUAUCAUGGAUAGUUCUCACACCCGGCGUGGUCAACCAUGUUGGUUUAGAGUCCCCAAGGUUGGUUUGAUUGCUGUAAAUGAUGGGAUCAUGCUCCGAAACCACAUUCCUAGAAUUCUCAAGAAGCAUUUCAGACAAAAGCCUUACUAUGUUGACUUGCUGGAUUUGUUCAACGAGGUGGAGUUUCAAACUGCUUCUGGACAGAUGAUAGAUUUAAUCACUACUAUUGAAGGAGAAAAGGAUUUAUCGAAAUACUCAUUGCCACUUCACCGCCGCAUUGUUCAGUACAAGACUGCCUAUUACUCAUUCUAUCUUCCAGUUGCAUGUGCGUUGCUCAUGGCGGGCGAGAACCUAGAAAACCAUGUACAUGUGAAGGACGUGCUCAUUGACAUGGGAAUCUACUUUCAAGUACAAGACGACUACUUAGAUUGUUUUGGCGAUCCUGAAAAGAUUGGAAAGAUUGGAACGGAUAUUGAAGACUUCAAGUGUUCUUGGCUAGUCGUGAAAGCCCUGGAGCACUGCAACGAAGAACAAAAGAAAAUUCUAUUCGAGCACUAUGGAAAGGCAGAUCCUGCUGAUGUUGCAAAAAUUAAGGCCCUCUAUAACGACAUUAAUCUCCAAGGUGUGUUUGCGGAAUACGAAAGCAAGAGUUACAACAGACUAACGCGCUCGAUCGAUGCUCAUCCCAGCAAAACUGUGCAGGCAGUCUUGAAGUCCUUCUUGGACAAGAUAUAUAAGCGGCAGAAGUAAUGGUAAGAGGUCCUAAAAUACAGGACAUAAGCAGAGGAAUUGUUUUCUACUUGGAGAGAAAAAAAGACAAGUUUUCUAUUUGUAAUAGUAACCUUUUCCCCUUAUAGCAACUUCCAGGGUAUUGCUAUUCUUUGAUGAGAGUGUAAAACACGUUUUCGUGGCUAUUAUGAUAAGAAACGUCUCCUGAA